AUCUCAUACGCCGACCCCAAAUUCGAUUCCAUGCCGUCCUCGCACACAAUUCUGCCGUCUUUACGGUGGGACGAUCCGUGCAAACAUAGCUUGGCACGCCAUAGAAGAGCCCAGGCGCACAUGACAUUCCGUCACUGACAUGAGCACGGGGGCAGCUCCUAGCGGGGGAGAUCGUCUGCCCCAAGGCAGUCAGCGACUGGAGAGACGACGGCCUGCACUCAUACCGCAAUCCAAUCAAACAGAAGCGGCUGUGGAUGCUCUGGCGAGUCAAGAGAUGGCGCGACCAGCUUCCAGCUCGAGCACAUCGCAAGUCAGUCGGCCGAAUACCGGCGGCAGCACUCGACCAGACUCUGCUAUCUCGGCCUCUAGUACGGCUACUUCGUUAGCCGCUGCAAUCAGCGCAGGCUCUGCCAUAGUCGAUUGGCAACGUUCGCAUGCACUGGUUGAGGCAAUGUGGACAAUGCUGGCGAGUCAACGCGAGCUCGCUGCUCGUCUACUCGGCACAAGCCCAGGGGUUCAAGAUCAGCUUGAAGCUUGCCUCACCUUUGCAGCGCUGCUGAGAGAUGAGGGCAUCAGCUGCGUCACCUAUGACGGCGUAAGACUCCUCGGCGAGGGACCCCAGCAAGUCUCACUGAGCGACUUCGCAAAAGACCUGCGAGCACGCCUCUACAUAUCUGUGCCUGCUGCCAGAGAGCUUGUCGACAGCCAUGGAUCGGCAGCGUUGAAGGACGACAAACUAGAAUCGAGCGAGGACCCGCUGUUGGGUGUGGUAGUGCGGCUAUUAGUCAAUGCUGCAGGACAUCUUGCGACUGAUACGUCGGGCACGGAGGAAUCUGGUCGACAAUCCGCGGAGCCGUCGGGCCUUGUGACUGGUCUGACGAGCCCAGCUCUGCCUACUUCGCCGCCUCUGCCAGUUUCUGAGGCGAUGAGUCAGUCCUCUUCAACGAGCACUAUCGAGACGAGUGCGCCGACGGCAGCAUACGAUUAUCGCGGCGUUUCUCUUGACUGUCCUUUCGACAACUUGAAGUAUCAUGUACCGAGCGCAUUGCGAUCUUGCCCUGUGCAAGGAUGCAAAUUUGCAUUCCCGCACCGCUUCGUGCAAAGCUCGGACGUCCGCAGACACAUGGAAAGUCAGGCGCAUGGCCUGCCGGUUCACCGACCAGGCCACGAUCAGCGAAGUACGUCUCGUCUCGAUGCGAGCGUCUCCGCAUCGACAAAAGCUCGUGAUCCGGCCUCACCCUCAAUAGAGCGUAUAUCUCGGAGCAGCAGCGUCGUGCGUAGCGAAGCUGCAUUGCUGCUGAGCGCUCCUGCGCUGCCGCAUCCCGCGGCUGUCAGUCGCAAAGGCAAGCGGCGCGCAGCUGAAGAUUUGCCGGUCGAGUCAGAACGUUUAUCUGCAUCGGGUACGCAUACGAAAAAGGCCGUCGGUCGAGGAAGCUAUCCAGCAGAACAAGAUCGCCCUGUCAGCAGGGGCUCAAGCAUAGCAUCGCCUUCAUCCACUUAUGUGCCGCAACUUUACAAGAACAUACCUACCUCAAGCAUACUGGCGCCUUCGCCCUCGAUGAUGCCACCGACCGGCCGGUCCGAGCAGGUUCCUGCAUCUCUGUCGGCGCGCUCACCUCCCAGCAGGCUCAAGACGCCGACGGCCGGAUUUCGUCUGCCGCCCAUGGCGACUGGGCAAGGUGGCGCAGCUUCGCUACUAUACGAUCAAGGUCCGUCGAACACAGCUGGUCGGGCUCUGUACGGUCAACCGUACACGUAUGAUUCAAGUCGACCUGGUACAAGCGAAGGCCUUUCUGCCCCUUAUGCCACACGGGUCACAACACGACCCCUGGACUUUGGGGCACCGCCGAUGCUACCAGCCAGUACUCCGAUGGUAGCUAGAACAUCGCCCGACGACGAGCUAUCGAGCAUCUUCGGACCGUCCGUCAUAUCACCUGCCAUGGCAAUUGUCACGGAGAACGAAGCAGCGCGGCAGAGAGCCAUGACCGAUUUCGCGCUCAGACGGGAGCAGAUCCGACAAGAUGCGCUCGCUCUCAUCGAACAGAGGCGAUUGGAGAUGCAAGUUCAGGGGAACGAGCACGCCUGGCGAUUCCGUCAGCUUGAAUGGGAAAUCGAGCAAGGUCGACAGAGGCACGAGGAGGCAAUAACGCAGAUGCGACUCGAGCACAGGCAGAUUGAUCUCGAGAUCAUCAGGCUUUCUGCACAGACUCCUCCGCCAUCGCGCCCUGCCUCUGAUUAGGGCCUCUUCCCCCCGAAACAGCAAAUUGAUACCCUUUUUGCAGAUCAGUACCGCACCCAGUGCUUCAGUUCAGUACUCGGUACUUGAAAACCUUCAAUGGGCUUUGAGGGCCCCAGACAACCGCAGUCGCAAACACCAUUCAUCAAUCUGUUGCAGCAUCAUUUGAGUGACUUGUACAACCGUUAAUGCAGUCACGUCGCAGUGUUCUACUGUUGAUCAGCGGGUUCU